AUGGCCCCCUCGCAUGCUGCCCUCACGACAAUACUCAAGUCACUGGGCAGUUCGAGAUGGUCACUUACUCGCACUCUACGCAGUACAAAUGUGCACGAGAUCAACGGCCAGCUUAAUGGCACAGCAACCUUCACCCAACUCCCCAACCAAGAUUGGCUCUACACCGAAAGUGGCCAGUUCCCCGCCUCGGCACUUCCCCCUGCGCUAGCAGGCAUGGCAAAUGCGACUUGGUCAAAAAAGUACAUUUGGCGAUUAAACGAAGCCACAGCCCAGCUGAGUGCGUGGUUCGUGAAAAUCGGCUCCGGUCCUGACGAGGCGGACUAUCUCUUCCACAACUUCGAUUUCACCGAUGAUGGAAGAAUUUCUUUAGAAGGCGGCGAGGAACAUUUCCCUCCUGUUCCUGCUCUUCCUGAGAACACUCGGGAGGAUCAGACUUAUGUUCUUCGGGCGCGAGGGGAUCAUCUUUGUAUUAACGAUAUGUAUCGCACGUCAUAUGCGUUUCGCUUUGUCUGUGAGACUGAGGAAUUAGUGAGCUGGUCUAGUUUACAUGUUGUACGAGGUCCGGCGAAAACUCAGGAAAUCCGCAACCAAUAUUCGCUGCAAUGA